AUGAGCUCUAAGAAGGUGAUGGCCAUUCAGGCUCGAAAGAGGAGGCCUAAAGGGAAAAAGGACAAGACAGUUCAUCAUCGAAGGCCUGAGACCCAACAGAAAGCCCAGUUGGCACCUCCUCCACCCCCACCACCGCCUCCUCCCCCUGAACCAGUUAUCCCUCCGGAGCCAGAGGAGGAGAUCUUAGGCUCAGACGAUGAGGAGCAGGAGGACCCUGCCGACUACUGUAAAGGAGGCUACCACCCGGUAAAGAUCGGGGACCUGUUUAAUGGCCGCUAUCAUGUGAUCCGAAAGCUAGGCUGGGGCCACUUUUCCACUGUCUGGCUAUGUUGGGAUAUUCAAGGGAAGCGUUUUGUGGCCAUGAAAGUAGUGAAGAGUGCCCAACACUACACAGAGACUGCUCUUGAUGAGAUCAAACUUCUGAAAUGUGUACGGGAGAGUGACCCCAGUGAUCCCAAUAAGGAUAUGGUGGUUCAGCUAAUUGACGAUUUCAAGAUUUCUGGAAUAAACGGGAUCCAUGUGUGUAUGGUAUUUGAAGUCCUUGGACACCACCUGCUGAAGUGGAUCAUUAAGUCCAACUACCAGGGCUUGCCUUUACCCUGUGUCAAGAGUAUCAUCAGACAGGUCCUGCAAGGAUUAGACUAUCUCCACAGCAAGUGCAAGAUCAUUCACACAGACAUAAAACCAGAGAACAUCCUUAUGUGUGUAGAUGAGGCAUUUGUAAGAAGAAUGGCUGUGGAAGCCACAGAAUGGCAGAAAGCAGGGGCUCCCCCACCCUCUGGAUCUGCAGUCAGCACGGCACCUCAGCUUAAACCAGUGGGAAAGAUCUCCAAAAACAAGAAGAAGAAACUAAAGAAGAAACAGAAAAGACAGGCGGAGCUGCUGGAGCGGCGUAUGCUGGAGAUAGAGGCUCUGGAACGCGAGGCCGAGAAACAACGGGCAAACGAGGAGUGUAACCCGACCCAAGGACCCGCCAUUGCUUUGGGAGACAGUGACGAUGAAGAGGAUGACGAAGAGGACGCAGAGGAUGAGGAAGAGGGCGAGACAGAGAAGGAAAGGCCAGAAAGACUCACCAAUCAUACAUGUAAGUCCUCAAAGCGAUGCCCACCUUCAACAACAUUACAGGAUUAUUUCAAAAUAGAAAUCAUAAUUCCAUUUGAGGAUGAGGAGGAAGACCUCCUGAGCACAGACACAGGGGUUCAGGAAGGAGAGCUUAUCUCAAAGAAAGAGACUACCGUGGCACCUGACGACAGAGCCAACCCAGGCAGUGAGGAGGAAGGAAAGGACUUAAAAGAAAAAGAGGAGCCUGAAGAAAAUGAGGGAGAAGAAGAGACAGAAAAGGAAAAAGAGGUGUUGAAACCAGAACUGUGUGACUCGGCGAAAGAGAAAGAGAACCCAAAUGAAGAAGACUGUGAAAAAGGGGAGUGCCAAGAGCCAUUGAAAGAGCAAGCGGAAGAAAAAGAAGAGGAUGACGAAGAGGAAUACGACGAAGAGGAUGAUGAUGAUGAUGAAGAUGACGAUGAAAACGAGGACGGAGAAGAAGGAGAGGAUGGUAGGAACUCAACCACUGAAGUCCACAACGGCGCCCCCAAAACCAACGGUCACAUUUUACAGGAGAUGAAGGACUAUGAUCAGCUGUCCCCCGCGCUGCCGCUCACACCAACACCCACACCUCUGCUCUGCCCCCUGGUGGAGUCAGAAAUUAGCACCACCGACCGGGAUGCCUCCGACGCUUCUUUCGAGCUUUAUAAUGGCGAAACGGCUGGUCUCACAAACGGAGCGCGUCACCGUGAAACAACGCCCAGGUUUCCUGAACUGCCCCUCGACCCCGAGCCCAGUGUGAGCAGGACCGAAGAAAACCAACCCCCCCUCAGCCCCAGCGCAGACCGCAGCCGCACUGUGUCCUCCUCCAGCACGGGAGAAACACCUAAAGUGAAGACCAGAGCAGCAGAUCUGCUGGUUAAUCCCCUGGACCCCCGCAAUGCAGACACGAUAAGAGUCAAAAUAGCUGACCUAGGAAAUGCCUGCUGGGUGCACAAACACUUCACUGAGGACAUACAGACUCGGCAGUAUCGCUCCAUCGAGGUUCUGAUUGGUGCAGGUUACAGCACUCCAGCAGAUAUCUGGAGCACAGCCUGCAUGGCAUUUGAACUUGCUACCGGAGAUUAUUUAUUUGAACCACACUCCGGGGAAGACUAUUCACGUGAUGAAGACCACAUAGCCCACAUCAUUGAACUGCUGGGCUGUAUUCCUCGACACUUUGCACUCUCUGGCAAAUAUUCUCGGGAGUUCUUCAACCGCAGAGAUCACAUCGCUCUGAUCAUGGAGCUUCUGGGGAAGGUUCCACGCAAGGUGGUCGCAGCCGGAAAGUACAGCCGUGAGUUCUUCUCUAAGAAAGGUGAAUUGCGGCAUAUCACAAAGCUGAAGCCGUGGUCUCUGUUUGACGUGCUGGUGGAAAAGUAUGGCUGGUCCACUGAGGAUGCUGGCCAUUUCACCAACUUCCUGCUGCCCAUGUUGGAGAUGGUGCCUGAAAAGCGUGCUUCAGCAAAGGAAUGCCUCAGUCACCCCUGGUUAACCUCAUAG